AUGUGUCAUCCAACCGUGCCGAACGCCUACAUGACUUGCUACCAUUUUUCCAACGGGGGCUUAGUGCGAGAGCGAAUCUGCCGGGAAGUGGCCAACGACGACUGGAAACUCUUUAAUCAAAUGUUGAUUAACACGCCCAAAGGUAACGAUGGCAACAUCGCCGUACAUUUUGAUGAAAUGGAAUACAUACCCAAAGCCAAAGGCUCGCUGCGAUGGAAUGACAACAUCACAGAACAAACAGUAGAUGCAUUGCACGGACUAAAGAAAUUCGAUGAGCCGCGCUAUGAGGCCCGGGCCGUCAUCGAGGGUCAGUUGAUGCAUCAUGUUGCCAUUAUCAACAAUGCCGGAUUCCGCGUAACGCCCAAUACCAAAAUUAUUGUCACAGGCGAAUGCUCUAACAAUGCCACCAUACUGCAAAUUGUAGCCGACGUCUUCAAUGGGUGCGUCUAUAGGCAUGAAGCACCGGCGGAUCCGUGCCUCAUAGGUGCCGCCUAUCGGGCCCGCUAUGCCUUCUAUGAGUACCGCGAGGUCGAUUGCAAUUGCGUCAGAUGCAAAACACGCCGUGGCAGGCAGCCGCAACUCAGCUACACUGAGUUCAUUCAGCAAACCCCAAAUUAUCUGAAGUUGGUCGCCGAACCAACUGCUAACUGUGAGAAAAUCUACGUUCCGCUAAUGCUGCGUUGCACCAUAAUGCAACAGCAGCUGGCAGACAUGAACUCUUUCAACGACACCCAUACAUAUGGUACAUUGCGGCCCCUUUGA